AUGGUUGAGCUCGUUUUAGACAUACCCUCUCUCACUCUCUCGGUCUCACCCAGAAACCCUAGCAGAGGCAGAACUUCCUCCCACCACGCAACCAGCUUCUCCAAUCGCCAUCGUCUUCUCCAUCAAGCAUCAGGCGCAUCGUCUUCUUCACCUCGUCCGUGGGACCGUCAGGUGCAUCGUCUUCUCCAUCGUCUCCUUGGUAGCGGCAGCGACCCAGCAACCAACUUCUUCUCCGUCGUCAGCGUCUCCAUCGGUAUCUCCGUCACCAUCGUCGUCCGCGGUUCCCUCUCAAGCAGCCAGCUUCGUCUUCAGUCAGCCAUUCCCUCUCCAGCAGCCAGCUUCCUCCAGGCUCCAGUGUCGUCUUCUCCGGUCACUCAGUCAGAUUCAAAAAUGGGGAAAACUAACCCUGAAAGUGAUACGGUUGUUGGAAGUACUUCUUCUCCAAGUGCAGCCACUCCCGCUGCUAUUGACGAUGGUAUUUUUGGUGGAACAUCACAAAGUCCAGCUCCCCCACCGUUGCCUGCCUCAAAUCCUUCAACAGAAACACAAACCGAAGCUACUGGAGCUACUGGCAAGCCUCCAAAAGAGGUGAAUUGAGUUCUAUGAUGUCAUGUCUGUCCCCAUGGCAAUAGCACUUUCUGGCCAAUUUCUUCUUGGUCAACCAGUGAUGGUGAAGCCAUCAGAAGCAGAAAAAAAUUUGGUCAGGUUGAGCUUGUCCAGCUGCCUCUUGAUGAAAAUGGGCACUGCAAAGGUUUUGGAUUUGUGCAGUUUGCACGCCUUGAAGAUGCGAGAGCGAGAAAUGCACGGAGCUUGAAUGGUCAAUUGGAAAUUGGCGGCAGGACAAUCAAGGUGUCCGCUAUUACUGAUCAAUCUGGAAUGCAAGCAGUUGGAGGGAAUACUGGUGAUCUUGAUGAUGAUUAAGGUGGUGGAUUAGGUGUUCCAAGUGAAUGCUUACUGUUAAAGAAUAUGUUUGAUCCCAAAGAUGAGAAGGAACCGGAUUUCGAUUUGGAUAUUAAAGAUGUUGAGGCAGAAUGCUCUAAGCUUUGGGAAGUUAAAGUCAAUGAUUGAGUAUAGUAAGCUUUAUGUUCCUCAAUUUUAGUGUCAGCCAUAAUACCCUUCACCGAACAAAAUGCAUUUGAUUUGCAGAAUGUGGAUAGAAAUAAGGAUGAAUACUUUUUGGUACUUUAUCAAGUGGUUAGUCACUAGAAUUUUUUUCAAUUUUGUUUUAUGUUGAUCUUUUUUUUCGGUCUUAAAAUUUUUCACGUGUGAGAAAUUAUAUAUAAAAAAAUAGAGUAUAACUACAAGGAAGAUAAAAGUCUCCGAAAAUAAGAAAAUCAAAUAAAGAAAAACAUGGAAAACAAAUAAUGCAGCAA